GCCCCUAUACCAAUAUCACAGGGUUCCGGACAAAUAAAAUCUAGCCAAGCCAAAUCUACUGGUCAUCACGCCUUCUUCAAAACCCGCAGUAUCCUUGCAAGCAAGUUCAGCGGAAGUGGAAAUGGCACCGCCAACGCCGGUGGAGGAAGUUCAAGUUCUGCGCAGUCUGGUGUCUCAAGCGCUGGGUCAUCCACUUCUAGCGGCUUUUUCAGUCUUCGUCGAGCUGUGACAGGAACUCACUUAGCUCGAACCAACAAAAAGGCGGAUUCCUCCACCAAUUCUGUACCGCCUUCUCAAGAGUUUGAACAACUCGGUGGCUCUCUGGGUCGGCACUCUGGUAUGCUGGUUCGAGCCACUGAUCACCCGGGCUGGUCCCGAUCUGGAUCUGGUCAUGACGAGGAUGAGGAUGACGAUGACGAAGAGUUCACUGAUCUAAGUCCUGAACUAUUUGCCGUGCCAAAUCCUCCAGUCCGUGCUCACCCCCGACCGCUAGUUCAUUUUCCCAACUUGGGUGGGAGACGUCUUGCCGGUGUUUCUUCCAGACAUGGAGUCGGGGAACUGGGUGAAGCGGAGGAGGCAGCUGGUCUGACUGAUCAGGAAACUGAUGAGUUUAACGAAGCAGAUACAGUUAGUCGUUCAACAGUAGCAACUGGCACCACUGCAGCCAGUGACGACUCAGGGUCUUUGCGUGAACGAAUUGCGGUUUCCAGCUGCGAUUUGUUACCUGUCAGACGUCAUGUCGUGUGGGCCUCCAGCGAAAUGGCACACACUCCUGGAAAACGAGCCAAAGGACGCAUAGAACAACCUACUGCUAAAAAGUCACAGCCUCGGCUACUCAAACAAUUGAGCAAAGUGAUGCUGGUAAACAGAAACAAACAUUCCGCCCCGCCACCCGCCGACUCUUCUCCAAGCUGA